AUGGCGCACAGGGCUUCCCUUGGGGUCUUGCAGGCCAACCUGAACCACUGCCGCCGGGCACAGGACCUUAUGGUCCACUGCCUGGCGGAGUGGCGGGUUGAUCUAGCGGUGGCCACGGAGCCGUACCAAGUCCCCGACCAGACACAUUGUUUCGGGGACGAGGACGGCCUCGUGGCAAUGUGGUACCGUCGCCGUUCGGCGACUGUUCCCCUCUGCACCGUGGUCGAACGGAGCAGAGGGAUGGUUUUGGUAAAAUGGGGAAGGUUCCUAAUCGCAGGAAGCUACAAUUCACCCAAUUGUAGUGCUGCCAAACUCGGGAGGUCUUUGGACCGGCUGAAGGCUAUGUUAGCUCCCUAUAUGGCCGACCCAGUGCUGGUCCUCGGGGACCUCAAUGCGAGGUCCACCGCGUGGAGUAACCCGAGGACCGGCUCCCGAGGCGGAGCGCUGCAGGAUUGGGCGGAUGGGAUGGAGCUCCGGUUAUUAAACCGGGGCUCCGUACCAACGUGCGUGAGAUGA